CCCUACGCAACCCGGAAGUCAACAGCGUUUUGUUUUUUCUCCUCCUCCUUUUUGAUACGAUGCGAAUUUGCCACUGCCCAACACUUAGCACUGACAUUAUUAUUUAACAAACUAAAUAAAAUGCCCUUAUUUGAUGGGUUGGGCAGUGGAGGAGAGAAGACUGCGAUCGUUAUUGACUUAGGCGCAGCGUACACGAAAUGUGGCUUUGCAGGGGAAACGGGGCCCAGGUUCAUAAUUCCGAGCGAGAUCCGGAAACCGGGACAGCAGCAGGCCAUCAAAGUGGUUCAGUACAACAUCAACACAGAAGAGCUCUAUGUCAUCCUCAAAGAGUUUAUCCAUUUGCUGUACUUCAGGCACCUGCUGGUGAAUCCUCGCGACAGAAGAGUGGUCAUCAUCGAGUCCAUCCUCUGCCCGUCUCACUUCAGAGAGACGCUCACCAAGGUUUUCUUCAAACAGUUUGAGGUGCCGUCUGUGGUCUUUGCACCAAGUCACCUCAUGGCCAUCAUGACUUUGGGUCUCAACUCUGCUCUGGUGAUGGACUGUGGCCACACGGAGACGCUGGUGCUACCUGUGUAUGAGUGCACUCCUAUUCUGCCAGCUUGGGAGGCUUUGCCUUUGGGAGGGAAAGCCAUCCAUAAAGAAUUAGAUGGACUUCUUGUGGAAUGCACUGUGGACACAGACACCAUCACCGGGCAGAGUGUACCAGCUGCCAUUGGGACCAUCCCAGAGGACACUGUGGAAGAUAUCAAGGUCAGAACAUGCUUUGUCAGUGACCUGCAGAGAGGCCUCAAGAUCCAGGAAGCCAAAUUUAACCUGGAUGGCACAGCUGAACGUCCGGCCCCUCCUCCAGAUGUUGAUUACCCUCUGGAUGGUGAGAAAAUCCUGCAUGUCAAAGGAUCAAUCAGGGAUUCUCUGAUGGAGAUCCUGUUUGAACAGGACAAUGAAGAGAAGAGUGUGGCCUCUAUAAUACUUGACGCUCUGGUGAAGUGCCCCAUUGACACACGCAAGGUGCUCUCAGAGAACCUGGUGGUGAUCGGAGGCACGGCCAUGCUGCCGGGUUUCCUGCACCGUCUGCUGGCAGAGAUACGCCUCCUUGUGGAGAAACCCAAGUACAGCAGUGUGCUGGCCAGCAAGAGCUUGCGUAUACACGCUCCCCCUGCCAAGCCCAACUGCACUGCCUGGCUCGGAGGCGCUAUCUUUGGGGCGCUGCAGGACAUCUUGGGCAGCAGGUCCGUGUCCAGAGACUACUACAACCAGACGGGCCGCAUCCCAGACUGGUGCUGCUUGAGCUCCCCUCCUCCUGAAUCUCUGUACGAAGCAGGAAAGACGCCUCCUCCACUAAUGAAGAGAGCCUUCUCCACGGAGAAGUAGAAUGUGAUCAUUCAGAUAAUGUACUCAUCCUUUACUCUACGUUAUAUAACAGCUCAGUACUCUUAAAUGUAACAUCUCAAUAAGUCCUGUCAAUGUCUUGAACACGCAAACAGCUCUAGAUGUUUUUAAGUCUAGUCGUCACUGUGACUGUGGGCUGUUUGAUGAUCCGGUGAGCUGGUUUCUGAGCCCACCAGACAGAACAAAUAUUGGGAUUUUAGGCGUUUACAUUGAUAUUCUGCAAGGAUUACAGUGUUAGAAUCCCUGUGCUACAUGCAUGUUUAACUUCAGUUUCAUUUGAAGUCUCAUUGAGCAAGACUGAACCCGUACGUGCUCACUCUCACUCUCACUCUCACCCUCACCCUCACUCCACUUUGUUGGCAGUUUGACUGAAGAAUCGUGUUCAGCAGAAAUGUUUCAGAUGAUUACAAGUUGACCGUUGCCGUUAAUCAUCCAUUUGUCAGCCAAACGGCUGAAAAUGUUGCUUAACUUUAGAGAAAGCAGACGUAAUAUCUGAUUGUAUUUUGGUUUCUUUGACGGUAAUGUCUCAUGAAGCCCCUCCCCCCCCCCCAAAACAUACGUUCACGUAUUUAUUAUACGGCAGUGUAAAGUGGCUGUUGACCUCAAUAACAGCCCUGUACACUCACACAGCUGUUCUGUUAUUCCAGCUAAUAAUCAUCAUCAUCUUUAAUUGGUAGCACAUGUGACAGGAGAUGUUUUCUCUGUUUUUGUUUUUUUAUUUAAACUUUAUUUAACCAGGGUAGUCAUUAAAAGCAUUCUUAUUUACAUUGGUGGCCUGGAUGUCAAUCAGUCCUGACCUGAACACAUCCACACAUCCACAAUAAUUAUAAUCACCUGUGUGUGUCCACCGUAGUAGUGUUUGUUGUUGUUGUUGUUGUUGUUGUUGUUGUUGUUGUUUACAGGCUUUAAAACAUCUUCCAAACAAUGCAGUCUCGCUCUGUAACCUUUGAAUCCAACUAUUACAACAAAUAAAUACUCAGAAUCCAAUCAGA